GUGAACGGUGGGCGUCGCCAGGUGACCGCACGGACUGAGAAACCACCUAACGGCCGGGAAGAGACGGGGGCUGCAGGGACCGGGGAAGAUGGCGGAGGAGUACGGUGAACCAGCUAAAUAUGACCCGAAAUUCAAAGGACCUAUCAAAAAUAGGAGCUGCACAGACAUCAUCUGCUGCAUCCUGUUCCUGGUGUUCAUUCUCGGUUACAUCGUGGUUGGAAUUCUAGCCUGGUUGUAUGGAGAUCCUCGGCAGGUGAUCUAUCCUCGAAAUUCUACUGGAAUGUACUGCGGGGUCGGGGAAAACAAGAACAAGCCCUAUGUGUUGUACUUUGAUUUGCUGAAAUGCAUCACUGGUGUAAACAUCUUGGCUGCAGCAAUGAAUGGAUUACAGUGUCCCACCACCCAGGUGUGCGUGGCAGAAUGCCCAAAAGAAUUCUUUGUCGCCCCAAAAACAUUUCUUCAGGAGUACUGUCAGCCCAGCUUUAAUCUUAACACUACAAAACUGCCCAUAUCUGAAAUCAUAGCAAAGGAGCUGUGUCCUGUGUAUUUGGUCCCCUCCACUCCAUUCAUUAACAGGUGCCUUCCGAGUGUGAAUGGCAGCUUUCCACCUGGUUUUACCAUAGUCUCAAAUGGACAGACCCUCACCGGAAACCAAUCCGAGAGCCAUUUUGUCAACGCAACCGAUCAAAUAUUGAAAUCCUUCGACUUCCAGAACCUGGGAAAGAAAAUAUUUCAGGAUUUUGCCAGGUCGUGGUCCUGGAUCAUUAUAGGUUUGGUCAUAGCUAUGGUGGUGAGCCUCCUCUUCCUCAUCUUGUUGAGGUUCACUGCCGGCAUCCUGGUGUGGCUGCUCAUCCUUGGAGUAAUAGGGGUUAUAGGAUAUGGCAUCUAUCACUGUGCCAAGGAGUACAUCAACUACAAUGAGAAGGGGGCCACUAUAACCAACGUGGGCUUCAGCACCAACCUGAGCAUUUACUUUAACGUGAAAGAGACAUGGCUGGCUAUCUUGAUCAUCCUCUCAGUGGUUGAAGUCAUUCUGCUAUUACUCCUGCUGUUCCUGCGGAAAAGGAUCCUCAUUGCGAUCGCGCUGAUUAAAGAAGCCAGCAGGGCGAUCGGCUACAUCAUGUCUUCCAUGUUAUAUCCCAUUGUCACCUUUGUUCUUCUGGUUGUCUGCGUGGCGUACUGGGGCAUUACAGCUUUGUACCUGGCAACCUCUGGAGCUCCAGUGUAUGUUGUGUCUACCCCGAACACUAGCGUAACGGGGUGCUCAAAUGUAACUGGAAAUACAACCUGCGACCCAAUGAACUUUAACGCCAGCAGUACCGGCUGCAGCGAGGCGCGCUGUAUCUUCUACAAGUAUAACACCCAAGGACUCUUCCAGCAAAACCUCUUCAACCUGCAGAUCUACAAUGUCAUCGGCUUCCUGUGGUGCAUGAACUUUGUCAUCGCCCUGGGCCAGUGCGUCUUAGCCGGGACCUUCGCUUCUUAUUAUUGGGCUUUCCACAAACCUAAAGACAUCCCGUACUUCCCUGUGUCUGCCGCUUUCAUGAGAACAUUGAGGUAUCACACAGGGUCGCUGGCGUUUGGGGCUCUCAUACUCACCAUUGUUCAGCUGAUCAGAAUCCUCCUGGAGUAUCUGGACCACAAGCUGAAAGGGGCACAAAACCCAUGCACACGGUUUCUCCUCUGCUGCCUCAAAUGCUGCUUCUGGUGUCUUGAGAAGUUCAUCAAGUUCUUGAAUCGAAACGCGUAUAUAAUGAUUGCAGUUUAUGGAAAGAAUUUCUGUGUUUCUGCUAAAAAUGCCUUCAAGCUGCUGAUGAGAAACAUUGUGAGGGUGGUUGUUCUGGACAAGGUCACAGAUUUGCUGAUAUUCUUUGGGAAGCUGAUCGUAGUUGGUGGAGUAGGAGUCCUGGCGUUUUUCUUCUUCUCCGGGCGCCUGCCAAUUCCAAAUGAUGCCUUUAAGUCACCCACUUUGAAUUACUAUUGGAUACCCAUUUUGACGGUGGUGGUGGGGUCAUACAUGAUCGCUCAUGGCUUCUUUAGCGUGUAUAAUAUGUGUGUGGACACUCUCUUCCUAUGCUUCUUGGAAGACUUAGAACGAAACGAUGGCUCCUCGGAGAAGCCAUAUUACAUGCCCAAGUCUCUGAUGUCCAUCCUCAACAAGAAGAACCGACCUCCUGAGGCAGAGAAGAAAAAGAAGAAAAAAUAAUCAUUGUGGAGAUCUGCUGCUGAUUUUAUUACUGUUAAUAUUGUUUUUGUUCCAUUUUGUUUGGGGCCUUCUACAGAUUUCAAAACGGCCAUUUUGUUUACAUUUCAAUCAUACCCUGUAUAAUGCUCCUCUGUUGACAGCCAUGAUUAGCCAAAGAAAAUGGCCAUGACUUGCUUCACUUUCUAGGCGUGAAUGACCAGGCUCAGUCAAGAAGUCAGCAGAUCACAUCAUAUCAGUGUCCAUUAGCAUGUAUAGGAAGAUGUUCACUACUGGCCAAAAAAGGUCGGCCAUUUCACCAAACAUGCUGCCAAUCAUUUCUGUGUAGAGAACAUGAGUGAGGAGACUCGGUCACUAUGUUUGACCAGUUCUUCUGUGACCUCAUAACUGUGAAUAUGGCUUCAUUUUUUCUCCCCCUUUUGUAUUGUUCCUUAAUUUCGGAGGUGGCCAUUUUGAACUAGUAAUGCAGUCGACCAAUCCACUAGAAGGUACUGGUGCUUGGAUAUAGGCAGGAGAAAUCUAAUGUGAGGUCAUAGUUUGGCUGGAGCGUAGCUAUGGAUCCUGGACCUCAGUGCUAGCUGCUUCUGUAAAACUAGGAAUGCUUGCAGUCCGUGUGACUGUCAUGGCUACUUCAAGGGAGAAGAAUUUGCAUGAACAUCUGGUAAAAACCCAUCUGGGCCUUCAUUGCAAACUGCUAUCAAUGCAUUCGUCAUUUCUAGCAGGAAUAAUAAAGGAAUAGCACAAAGUAGUCAGAACAGAUGCUUCAGCAUUAUCUCACGGGGAUGCAAGUAGUUACUAAAACAGACAUGUCAUGAGAGGAGACUGGUUCUUCUUUAAGUGCCUACUUUGCAUCCGUUACUUGGUACCUGUCUAGACCAGGGAUGAUCAACCUUGCAGCCCUCCAGCUGUUGCAAAACGACAACUCCCACCAUGCCCUUCUGUAGGCUGCCCGGGAAUGAUGGGAGUUGUAGUUUUGCAACAGCUGGAGGGCCACAGCUUGAGCAUGCCUGGUCUAGAUGUUUCCUCUUGUAUUCAUCUUUAUUAAAUGCCUGGAUGAUCUCCACAGUGACCCAAGCAGGAAUUGGAGAGGUCUCCGACACCGUCUUAAAAAUUAGCCAAAGGGGAGGAGCUGGGCCGCGCCAUAGCUUCCACUGGAGCGCACUUUAUGGUGUAUUUAUAUAUAAUAUGUAUGUAAUACGCUGUGUAGGAAUCUCUGAUCACAUCUACCGCGUAUAGAUUUUAUAGACGUGUACAUACCGCUGUGCAGCUAGAGAUUUCUAGAAGAUGUAUUUUCAUAAGAGUUUAAUAAACUGAUUAAUUAUAACAAAUCA